UCUCGACUGCACUCUGUACUGUGUAGGGGGAAUACAUGCGAGAAUAGCUAUCCGCUCACAGGGAGAGGCGGUAACAUCCGUUGUACUUACCUGUACUACGCUGUCCUUCGUCAAGCUUUCGAGGUAAUUAACUCGUUACAGGUGGCAUACAAGAUACUCUUGAUGCUGUAAAGUGUCGAUCCAGGCGCCAGUCAUGUCGACCGAGAAAAGCAGUUAUGUUGACAGUCCUCCUCCGCCCUAUUCGGAGCCAGGCACGGGCACUUAUCAACAACCAUCUAUAAUGCCGCCACCGCAACAACAGCAGCAGCAACUCGUCACGGCUGUGACUAUGGCACCGAGCGGCACAGUUGUCAUGUUCCCACGUGAACCGACGUUACUCACGUGUCAGUUCUGUCGGGCGACUGUCACCACGACGGUGGAGAUGGUCAACGGGGACGCAACACAGCGAGCUGUUCUCAUAUUGUGCAUACUUUUUGGCGUUAUCGGAGCGUUAAUUCCCCUGUGCAUGGACUCCACCAAAGAUGCUGUUCACAAGUGUCCCAACUGCGGCGUCGUGCUGGGCAUGAAUCCUGGCCAGUUUUGUUAAGGGAAGUACCAGCUCUGAAGCAAGUGCAGUAUAUGGACUGUAUUGUAUCAAGGGUAGUUGCUUGUUUUAUGACUAUUCAUUAAAGCCAAGUGAUAUAAUUAUGUAAGAAUAUUAGUUGAUAUGCUGGUAUACAGAUCCAGUAACUCUGAUUACAUGCGUAGUUUGCUUUGGGUAGUCUUGCAGAUUUCAUAGCUUUUCUAAGCAUUGCGUUCCUCCAUCACCUGUGAACACAUAUGCUAUGCAGUAUAGUCGCUAUUUGAAACCAUCAGAGCGCCGGCUGCUUCUUAUAUGACGGAAAUCACAGAAUACAAUACACAAACGGCAAUACUUCUCUCGUAACACUUCACAACAACAGCCUUGUGCCUACAUGCUACACACACCCUAUCGCUAUCAGCGCAGUUCAGUAUCAGCACAACAUUCCCGCAGAGUGCAGAGUUCAUUUACCCGAGAGUUGUCCAUGCCUUCGUUGCUUGACAAAAAUAUCGCUAUCAGCACAGUGUAGUAUCAGCACAAAAUUCCCGCAGAGGGCAGAGUUAAUUUACCCGAGUGUUGCCCAUGCCUUUGUUGCUUGACAAAAAUUGAAACACGUCAUCACUGCAAAUACCGGCAUAUGUUUUCACGGGUCAUGGAAAGGAACAUUUUGUAUAUAUGUGGGUUUAGAAAUGGAUAUUUUGACAUCAAACAAGGUUUUCCAAUGUUUAGUUCCCCGCUGUAUCCAUACUGCGUAAUUAAUAGUAUGUCAUAUGACAGUGAUGAAUAAGCGAAAUCAUUUUUUAUUUUAUUUAGAUUAUAUAUGUAUUGUUACGAACAAAAUCUCGUGUGUAAAUAUUCAUCAAAACGAUAUCAAACAUUUCUCAAUGUUUUUCCAAUGUCAGUCUGUGUGGUGAGCCUCAAAACAAAACGUGGAUGACAGACACAUAUUGAAAUGACACGUUUGUAAAUACAACAAUUUCUGCCUAAAAUGUUUAACCCAAGAACAAGAUUUAUGAAACAUUUACUUAAAAGAGUUGUGUAGUUUUUCGCUGUAUAUUGUAAAACGCUAAUAAACUGUGCAGCGAC